AUGGCUGAUUCACUUCCCCACAGCAGAAUCGUGCCUAUCAUGUCUCCAAGAAGGUCAACUUCACAGCCGGCUAGUAAGGGAUCCGCCGAGCAGACGGGGGAGGCAAAGAUGAUCUUCGGCCACCAGGGCCGUCAAAAGGAAAUCCGAGAUCGGCUUGUUGAGCACAUUCGCACAAACGCGACAUACUUUGUACAGUUUGUGUCGGAUGUUGGUGGAGAGAGACGGGCACCCAAGAGAGCAGCGGCUGCCCAGGCCAAAUUGCUUUCGUCCAAUGGCCGGGUAGCGACAUCAGAGGGCCAGUGGGCCAAAUUUGAGAAGCUGCUCUCCAAGAUGAAGAAGACCGGGUUUUGGGGCGGGUCGCGACAGGCAUCACUCCUUCACCAGCCACUCCCGCUUAGGGGACCAAGACACCAGCCAGUGCACAUUGCCUAUCACAACUUCCGGCACUAUUCCUCAGUACGGAGUGUUGAUGGGCCACAUAACGGGGUGCCUGAGCUCUCGAGGCCGUCUGGCUGCCAGUUAGGUAGCCAGGGCUUGUCAAGUGAAGGGAGGCAGGACGAUGGCGAUGGGGCCUCAUCUACGGAUGAUUCAACCACGGCAGCCAGAGAGGAAAAUUGGCCCACGACCAUUGCCGAGGCGUUCCCUGACAUUGACGAGGACACCCUAAGGUGUGCGCUUAGGCGGUAUCUCGCCAAUCUCGAAAGGGUCGACCUUGACAAGGGCUCGCCGAUUCUAGAAAUUGACGACGAGACGUUCAAGGCCAUCCUCCCUGCAUUUGAAGCAGACUUUAUCCGGAGUAUGAAAAAUCUCCAGGGUUUGCAUGGUGUCUCGUCGUCUCGGCCCUCUUCUCUGGUUGCUAGCAACAGCCCACCCGUGCCUGCGUCUGCCUACGCCUCUGCCCCCGUGUCCACACCUGUCCCCAGGCCCGAACCGGAGGUGGAACCUGCAGCUCUGGGCUCCAGUCCCACCAAGCCUCGACGGCGUUUGAUCAGGGGAGCCCGUCCGACACCACGGACUCUGUUGGGGUCAUCCUCUCGCUCGUCAUCACGCAACAGCACAGCCAGCAAACGGUCAGCUGGCCAUAGUGAUGACGAUGAUGAUUCAGAUGGCAACCGACCCCUAGUUCGACGCCAGCGUGGCAGGGACCGCAAGCGACGGAUCCUCCAAGAUGUGACCCUGGGUCUCUCAGACCGAGACGAUAAUGAAAACAACGACAUAAUCUCUGUCAGACCAAGAGUAGAUCCAGAAGCGGUAGCCGAGCAGGCCGAAGGUUCUCUAGAUGACGAAAGGGCAGCGGAUCAUGAGCAGAUCGUAGACGGGUCUGUCUCGUCCGCCACCAUAGAGGAAACAACAUCUUCGAACGAUGAAGCAUCCACCGCUGGCGAAAGUGAUAGCGAAUUCGAAGAAGACUGUUGA